GAAAGGGAUGUGGUAAAUCCAGCCCUGGAGGUCCAGACUGACAAUCUGUGGGUUCUGGCUAAUGCUAGAGGGCUGCUCUAAGAUGCCAUAGUGGGCUGUUUGGGCCUCUGUGUACCUAGACCUGCGUAAUCGUUCUGGGGGUCAAGAAAGUAUAGUGAGCCCAAUAGUGCACUAAAUAAUAAGGUGUUUCAAUAAACGUUUGCAAAUAUUUGGUGGUGGCUGGCAUUUACACCAAGUAUUUGUAGCAGCAGCUAUAGAGUAUCAGGCUGGACUACCAAUCGGUUCAAUGGAGGAAUGAAGCGGUUCCCUAUUUCUCUAUUGCGCCGCAGAGCGUCCACCCGCCCAACUAGCGCUCAGUUUGCGCAAUAAGACCCGGAUGACAGGUGAGAGUGCGUGAGUAGCGUGUGUGUGUUGAAGGUGAGGUCAGGGCACCGAUCCAUAUCAUUGGCACUUAUCUGAUAGGGGCUGAGCUUUGCACUGGGUUGGGCUGCACAUUUACCUCACGUUACUCAAUAUCUUUCUCUUCACACCUUGGCGGCGUGUUAGCGUCACUCCCACUUAUCUCACGGCUCCUGAGCCAAAUCGCCUCGCAUCACUUUGGGGGGAAGCCGUCUUCCCUCCUGUCAUUGCGUCACUCCCUUGUGUGGCUUUUUCUGCCUCCCGCCAGUCCUCAGUCUCACGAUAAAGACCCCACGUCUCCUGGUUUUUAAACUUCCCUCUCCUCCCCAAACAAUGAUGACACGCUCCCGGUAGGAGGGUUAGAGGGAGGCGGUGGCCCAGCCCCUGCACCGGACUGUGUGAUGGAGAGCAGCCCGCGGUGCCGAGUCGUCCGGUGAUGGAGCCGCUGUCGGUAUGGCCCAGGCCAGCAGUAGUAGUAGUGCCGGGGGCUUUCCAGGGGGCAGCGGGGAGCUGUCCUUGGAGGAAGUGCUGAAAUCCUACGAACAGCCGAUCAAUGAGGAGCAGGCGUGGGCCGUGUGUUACCAGUGCUCCCGGGGGCUGCUGGAGGAACAUUGGCCACCGAGGGGCAGAAUUCGGGAUCCAUCGUCUCUUCUACUCCACAGGGAUGGGGCCAUCACCGUUCUACCGGAGACCCAGGGCACGGCGGAAACUGGUCCAACAUCCCCGCUGUCAGGAAUCACAGAGACACAGAUGGUACAGUACCUGGGUUUUGCCAUUUACCGCGCUCUGGACUGGGGCCUUGAUGAAUGUGAGGAGAGGGAGCUCAGUCCCCAACUGGAAAAGCUCAUCGAUCUUAUGGCCGACGGUGAUGCAGAAGGUAUCACAGAUGAAGGCUACGAUGGACCAGAGGAUGAGGAUGAGGAGGGCCAACCUCGACUUGUACGCAGUUUCUCUGCUGUGUUGCGAGUUUGUGCAUCACGCCUAGCAGAACCCCAUGAAGCUCAGACGCAUUACCAAGCAGUCUGUAGAGCACUCUUUGCUGAGACAGUGGAACUCCGAGCAUUUCUGAGUGAGAUCAGAGAGACCAAAGAGACACUGAUGAAGUUACGUGCAGAAGAGACAGAGCCAGAUGGACUUGUAAAUUUGCAGAACACGGAUUGGGCACGCCUGUGGGUGCAGCUUAUGAGGGACCUACGUCAUGGAGUUCAGUUGAAAAAAGUCAGAGAGAAGACCUUUAACUCUUUACCCACUGAGUACCAGCUGACCCCCUUUGAAAUGCUCAUGCAGGACAUCAGGGCACGGAAAUACAAGCUGCGCAAAGUCAUGGUAGGAGGAGACAUUCCUCCAAAAGUAAAGAAAGAUGCCCAUGAAGUUAUCUUGGAUUUUAUAAGGUCGAGACCACCUCUGAAACCGGUUUCCAGUAGGAACCUGUCCCCAAUGCCUCAUAGACAGAGGAGUCUUCAUGAGAAGAUGCUUGAAGAAAUAAAAAAAGAACCAAAACUUCGACCUGUGGAUGCAAAUAGAAGGGGUCAAAAAGGUUUUGGUUCCCUGCCUUGCAUUGUGGAAGCAUGUUCCAAGGACAUUAAGUCUACAUCUUGCAUAAACCUCUCUGUUCCAGAACCUGCAGCCCCUCGACCACGGCCUCGAAAAUUGCUAAAAGCUCCCACACUGGAAGAGAUGGAGGAGAUGAUUCUCUCUGAGGAGGAUGACUCUCCAAAUGCAGAGGCCCGAAGAGUGAUUAGUGCUCCAUUGCCACUUAAACGUGACCGCUCAUUCUCAGAGCAGGAUUUGUUACAACUGCAGACUGAAAUGGGACACAUUCCACAGCGAGUAAGUGCUCUGGGACACCACAGGAUAGAAACAAGAGAGCGUUCAGGCAGCAUGACUACCACUCAUAGACCUCUGGGCAGGAGUUUAGCAUCCCACAUCACUCCUGGACUCAGUGGCAUUUCCCCCUCUUCACAUGGCUCACUCAGUUCUGUGCAGGAGCGGACAGAGACAGACGCUGCAUCAGAGAACUCCAGGCACAGGUGGUUGGAAUUCAGUCACCCGGUGGACACACUGGCCCUGACGGUGGAGGAGGUAAUCAAUGUACGCAGGGUCCUUGUGAAGGCUGAGAUGGAAAAAUUCCUACAGACUAAAGAACUGUACAGCAAUUUGAAGAAAGGAAAGAUUUGUUGCUGUUGCCAAGUGAAGUUCCCUCUCCUCCCCCUGUUCUCCCGACCAUCUAGUUGCCUCUUCUGUAAAAGGUCUGUCUGUGCUGCUUGCAAUGUAAAGAUGAAGCUUCCUGCCAAGAAAUUGGACCAUAUUCCAGUAUACACCGUAGGGUUUGAUAUUCCUACCAGAUCAACCAGCUCAAGUGCGCAUACCUCCCGAUGGACUGACAUUUCCCAUGGUCCUUCUUGGAGAAAUGUAGAGAGUCAGUUUCCACAUAUCUAUGCCCAGGGCUCUGUUCUGAAGGAUGUGUGCUCUGACUGUGGUGCUUUCAUUAGAGAUGUGGUGUCCUCCAGCAGAAAAAGUAUGGACAUUUUAAACCUUGGUGCCAGAUCAACACGAGCGCAAGCACACAACUGGACUGCCAAGAGAAUGUGACACCACUGUUGCACCUGAUUCCAUCACUACUGUCACAAGGGAAAAUAAAUUCUACUGUCAGUGGCUUGCAACAUCUAUAUCUUUAUGUAUGAAUUCUAGGCUGCUGAAUGGAAUUUCUGCAUAUUUGUAAUGAAGGAUGCAUGCUGCAAGCACUGGUGGCUGAAAGCUGUCAAUUGAUCUACCUAAACAUCCACAGAAAGAAAUCAAUUGAAACCUAUCUGGACCUUUAUUAUGUUACUAUUUUGGAGGCAGCUAAUGCUGGUUAAGUAAUGCGCCAAAGGAUUUACAGAAUAACCAGAUCUGGUGAAAGGCUGUUAAAAUAUGGUAUUUAUUGUGUUUAAUGUAUUUUUCAAUCCAUUAUUGAAUCAACGGGGAUCUUGGCUGGAUUACUGGAUACCCCUUUCCUUGUUUUCAAGUUUAACUUAUCAAUUGCCUAAAAUCUCAGAGCCGGCUCAGUGGAUUUACUGCACAUAAGUUGAUCCCAGGUUGGUCUCUCAAUAGAACACUGGUGUAGUGCUGCAGUAUAGUAUAGUUAUUAUUGCACACAAUGUCAAGGUUCUGAAAUGUGUUUGAUCACAGCUGCUACUUCCUUAAUUUGUCCUUUAGGCUAAUGUCUCCGUGCCAUCUUUUUUUUUUUUCCCUUCUUCUUCUUCUUUUAGAGCAACAAUUUGGCCACAAAGCAUAUUGCUUGUGAUUGUGGUACUUGGUGAGAAUUGCUACCUAUAAUGAGAAGCACUUACCUACAAAACAAGAAACAGAAAGGAAAUGCCACAUGGUCUUUUAAAAAUAGAAUUCAGUAGACUCUGGUGGUAACAGAAUAUAUGGUGGAUCAUUUGCCUCAGAAAUGUGUAAAACUUCAUUCUUUGCAAACACUGUAUUACUCUACAUAUUUAUAUCUAGGACUUUUGGAAAGGCUGGGUUAUGUACUGUGGCUAACCAAACCAAAAGGCUCUCAUAGCAUGGCACGACCAAUACCCUAUUAGAGCUUGGUCCCAGUAUGGGCACACCCAUUUAGCCUUAAGCGCUGCAUGUGGGAAUACACUUCUAUGCUUAGCGCAACUUUUCUCCCACCUUGCUUUCUCUCUUGUCAUUUUUGUAAGUCAUACCCUGUACUACUUACUCGGAUAACCACCAAGUCAGAUUUCCCUCUCUAUCUCUCUGGGGCUGGGGGUGCCACAAAGAAUCUCUUGCAGUGCAAAAUCUCACAGGCCUCUCCAGCCCUACAAUGGUACAAAUCAUAUUUUUGUAACAAAAUUGUACAAAAAGUUUUUAAAAAAUGUGAACCUUAUGCUGUAAAUAUAAACUGCAUCACUACCUGAA